AUGUGUGAAUGCUUCUGCGGUCUCGGCGGACGAGCUCGGCGCGCAUCGUCAGCCGUGGUCAGGGAGAUCGGCCGAGGCGUAAGGCCUGUAAACCCAGCAAAGAUCAUGGUCCCAGGACAACACCGAAAGUAUAGUCUUCCAUGGAACAGGGCGGCACCCUUCCCGGGGGGUUAUCAGAUAGGAGAGCCAACGCCCAGGAGAAGAUCUUUCCGGCCAUCGGGCUGGCAAGGAACAAGGAGAGAAUCGGAUGCGUGGACAGAUAGGGGGAGUCUGGACAGACGUGGUACUCAGGAGCAGGAAGUAGAAUUCGAGGAGCAUCAUGAAGAGUUCGAGGAUGCUGACUUCGAAGAGUCGGAAUUCUUUGUCGAAGCUGAUGGCGAGGCCCGUGGGCACCUUUCUGGACGGCGAGAGUCUGAACAACAAGCCGGGGGGGAUGAGAUGGGUCAACGUGAAAGAGAGGAGAGUGUUCAGGGUGGGGGGAUUGAGAUUAAUCACCGCGGAAGGGAGGAGAGUUUCGGUGGGAUGGAGGGUGAUCACAGCCAACAAGAAACGCAUGAGAGCAUUGGAGGUGGCGGGACUGAUCACAGCCAACGCGAAAGGUAUGAGAGUAUUGAAGGCGGCGGGACUGACCCGAGCCAGCAGGAGAGGUCCGGUAGUCUUGGACAAGGAGCGAAUGAUGCGGGUGAAAGCGACGAGAACGAGGGUGGUCAUGGGGGUGGACGACAGUCAAGACUGAAUAGUGAGGGUUUUGGAGGUGCACUGUGA